UAGCGGUAUUGUUGGUAUUGAUCUGUGGGAAGUAAUCUGUUAAGAUGCCGGAACCCGCCAAAUCUGCUCCCGCGCCCAAAAAGGGUUCUAAGAAAGCGGUCACCAAAACGCAGAAGAAGGGCGACAAGAAGCGUAAAAAGAGCAGGAAAGAGAGUUACUCUAUCUACGUGUACAAGGUGCUGAAGCAGGUGCACCCGGACACCGGCAUCUCGUCCAAGGCCAUGGGCAUCAUGAACUCUUUCGUCAACGACAUCUUUGAGCGCAUCGCCGGCGAGGCCUCCCGCCUGGCGCACUACAACAAGCGCUCGACCAUCACGUCCCGGGAGAUCCAGACUGCCGUGCGCCUGCUGCUGCCCGGGGAGCUGGCCAAGCACGCCGUGUCCGAGGGCACCAAGGCUGUCACCAAGUACACCAGCUCCAAGUAAAAUAUCCUGGUGUUAAUAUUUUAAAUUCAACGGCUCUUUUAAGAGCCAC